CAUGUAAUUUGCAACAUGUCUUCAAGCUUUCGAAGAUGGCCACAGCCAAAAAGAAAGCAAAGCUGAAGUCACUCUCCCAUGGACGUCCUCCUACCGCCAAGCCCGUACGAACCAUUUCUAGGACGAAAACCAGGACUCUAAUCCGGACGCACCAUACCCUCGAAAAACAAAGAGCAAAAGCUUUAGCUGAUGGUGAUGAUGCGAAAGCUGCACUUCUUUUGAAGAGAAUUGAUGAGCAAGGGGGCAUUGAAGGUUACCAACGAGCGAGUCUCAUAGGCCAAAACAAUGAGAGAGGUGGUGACAGCUCGAAGUUGUUGAUGGACUGGCUUGAGCCUGUGGUAUCAGUCUUGAAAGAACGCGUGAAGGAUGGCCGACCGAUUCGAAUGCUGGAGGUUGGAGCUUUGAGUGUCACCAACGCUUGCUCAAAGAGCCGUUUAUUUGACGUGGAAAGAAUCGACCUGAAUAGUCAAGCUGAAGGGAUCACACAGGAGGAUUUCAUGGAAAGACCCCUUCCACGAGAUGUGGACGAGCAAUUUGACAUAAUCAGUUUGUCCUUGGUCCUCAACUACGUACCCGACCCUCUAGGUAGAGGCAAGAUGCUCCUUCGGACCUUGGAAUUCUUGAGAAGUCGACAAACGUCCCAAGAUUUACAGAACUGGUUCCCAAGCCUCUUUCUUGUUCUUCCGGCAUCGUGUGUCACCAACUCAAGAUACAUGGAUGAGACUAAGUUGGAGUCCAUCAUGUCCAGUCUUGGGUAUGCACAGACUAAGAAGAAACUAUCGAAUAAACUGGUCUACUACCUGUGGAGGCUGGAUGCGGGCAAGGUCAAGCAGAGCACAGUCUUCAAGAAGGAGGAACUUCGUGCCGGAAAGGCAAGGAAUAAUUUUUCAAUUGUUCUUAAAUGAAGAUUCAAGACUGGUAACUAGUGUCGAGACUUCACACCACUAAGGUGUGGUUGGCGUCCAGGAAAACAGAUGAAGCAGAACGGAUGUAUGUAAGGUACCCGAUCAAGUGCUGAGAGGGUAAUUUGUCUGUUUACAGAGGGUGACUUGGUUGGCCAAGCUCUAAGGAUGAACACUGCCUUCAUCCAUUGAUGAUGGUUCAGAAGGCAUGUGACAUGCUAUUGUGGAAUCUGUGACCUUGUUCCAGAACAUGAUCUUUUAGCAGUGAGAGAAUACUCGAUUUGUUCGGUUUUCUAGCCCCAUCUUUUUAUUUGUCUUAGGACGGAUAGCCAAUUUGAGAAUUUCACGGAGUAUAUAUCAAUAAUAGGUGGAGAAUUGGUUGGUGGUGGACGGCUGACAUCGGUUCACUUACACCAUCACCAGGAUGCGCCCCACCUUGAAAUUUCAGUGUCGAUCCAGUCCAGGCU